AUGAAUCAAUCAUUUUUUAUCAUUUCCAUUUUAAUUUGUUGCUCUUACGGGGCGGAUGAUCCGUGCAAAUAUACGGCAAAACAAGGAACGAUUGAUCUUACGUCAGUUGGAUUUAGUAAUGGUGAACCGGCAUUUAAAGACGCUAUUGCAGUCGAGCACGCAGAUGGUUACAUGUACAGUUUUAAUCCGUGUAAACCUUUUAGUGAAGAAUCAUGUCAUAAUGUGGCUGGUUGUCAAGUUUCUAAAGAUUUAAAAUUGUCGUUUACCAUCGGAAUGCAUGAUACCGUAUCGUGGGUUCCGGGAGUUUUGGGAGGAAUUCCAUCGUUGAAAUAUACAGCUCCUGGGAAAAGUUUAACUGUUGACUUAAAAUGUGUUAAUGAUGGCAGUCCAGAUCAAAUACAUGUAAGUGGAGAAACAAGUAUGAACAAUUAUGAACUAACAUUAUCCACUAAAUGUGCCUGUUGGAAUGUUUGCAAAAAAGGUCCUGGUCCAGGUCCCGGCAAGAAAAAAGGUUUAAGUGGUGGUGCAGUAGUAAUCAUCAUUACUAUUUGUUUGCUUUUUGUAUACAUUGUCGGAACGAUUUCAUAUAACAAAUUUCAUUUAAAGCAAACUGGUGUCGAACUUAUACCACAUCGAACAUUCUGGAUAGCAUUACCCGGUUAUGCGAAGGAUGGUGUGGUUCAUUCAUACAAAACUAUACGAGGCGGCAAAGGAACUGGCUAUCAAUCAGUGUAA